AUGAGCACAGCGAGCCCGUGCCCCGCUGCCUCCCUCCAUCCCCGGAUCACAGCCCUGCUGUGUGGGUUCUGCCAGCGGGCAGACCACAACCCCGAAGUGUUCGGGCAGCUGUGCCAUCAGGAUGGGCUCUGCAUCCAUGAGAACUGCCUGUACCACGCCACCAGGCUGAACCAGAGAGGGACUGAUGAGGAAGGCUUCUAUGGCUUCCUCUUCCCUGACAUCCCGGGGGAGCUGUAG